AUGCCAUCCUCUCUCGUCAGCCGCAAGAUGGCAUCGAAGAAGAGAAAACGACUGGUCGCCUUGCGAGACUUCAAGAGGCAAUUCUUGUCGGCCCAGGCGCAGGGCAUGUGUGGGAGCGGAAAGGCUUCGCCGCGCCGGGAGAAUGUCCAUUUUGCAACAACGGCAGGGUGCUAUUCGGGCACCCUCGAGAACGUGAUUCGACCUCGACCGAGUUUUCCUCAGCAUGCAGCCCAUUGCUCACAUCCGAUGGGGCCUUGCGGCCUGGGGAAGCGCCGGUCGACUUUCUACAAGAGGACAUGGUAUAACUAUGGGAGACGAACCAUCAAGGGCCGCGAUGCGGAGAGGAGCGAUGAGGCUUGCGGGAACCCGCGGGAGCUCAUUUCACGAAUGAUUUCCCCGAUUCUGCAGAGGGGUCUCGAAGAGGAGAAGCUGACCGGUCUCUGGUCUUGGUGCGCGGCACAGCUCAUCAACGCGACGCACCUGCUUUUUCAUGUACAUGCGGUUGGAAUCAACAACAUGCAGGCCAAGAAAUCUAUACAGGAGGCCCAGGCCGCGGAUGGCGUUCGCUAA